AUGCUAAGUAGGCGACGAGGUUUAACUGCUGGUUGUAAAGAUCAGUGUAACGAUCUUAUAAGAGAGAUAAUAUCAUUUCAUAUUGAAGUGGGUCAAAUUCUUGCAGAAAAUGAUAGAAUUUUGGAAGGAAUAUUGACUGCUGAAGACUUUCAAAGUUACCAAAAGCUACGAGUAAUGAUAGAAGAAGGAGUAGCAACUGAAGAGGAUUUUAACAAGUUGAAUACAAUUUUGGCGAAAUAUAAAAUUAAUUCCACAGAUAGAAACUUCCUAACUUUGGAAAAAAAUAGCGUUCGAUUAAAAGAAAUUGAAGCGAGAUUCGAGGAAAUCAUGGAAGAUACUUCAAUAACAGAUGAACACUGUGUCCGUUGUUUGGAUCCAAAUACACAACUAAUUAACUUUGUAAUUUUUGUAUACAUCUCUUCUCCUCCUUUAACUGCAGAAACAUUCUUACUUCAUCUUCUAUACUAA